GACCAAGUCAUAGUCUUGUCCAAAAAAAAAAACAGAAAGUGACGAGAAAAAUCAGAAGAUGACGACAGUAGACGAAGGUUAUUCAGCUAAGAAAUGGCUUCCACUUGAAGCUAACCCAGAUGUUAUCAAUCAGUAUCUUUGGGGACUUGGUCUUUCUCCUGAUGAAGUAGAGUGCAAUGAUGUGUUUGGCUUAGACGAUGAACUUCUUGAGAUGGUUCCAAAGCCAGUUCUUGCUGUUCUCUUUCUUUACCCCAUCACCAAAAAGUGUGAAGAAGAGAGAAUCCAGCAAGACAAAGAAAUUAAGGAAAAUGUACAUCAGAGUGACAAAGUCUACUUCAUGAAACAAACUGUUGAUAAUGCUUGUGGAACCAUUGGGCUCCUUCAUGCUAUUGGGAAUAUAACCUCUGAGAUCAAACUCUCCGAGGGAUCGUUCUUGGAUAGAUUCUUCAAAUCCACUGCCAAUAUGACUCCUAUAGAGCGUGCAAGGUUUCUUGAGAAUGACAGUCAAAUAGAAGAUGCCCAUUCUAUAGCUGUUAUAGCUGGUGAUACAACGGCUUCAGACGAGGUGGACACGCAUUUCAUCUGUUUAGCUUGUGUAGAUGGUGAGCUCUAUGAACUUGAUGGAGAUAGGGCAGGGCCAGUUUCACAUGGUGCUUCCUCUCCAGCUACUUUGUUGCAGGACGCAGCGAAAGUGAUAAAGACAAUAAUCGAGAAGAACCCAGAUUCUCUCAACUUCAAUGUGAUAGCCAUCUCUAAGAAAGCCUGAGGGACUGUUCUUAAGAAGCAAAGCUCCUAAGUCUUGUUUUUGAGUUUAUGACUUACUCGUUUUUUUUGCUUUUGUAUAUUCUGAAUCUUCUGGUUUAGCAUAUUUGUAGAACAACUACUUUCCUUGAAGAGUGCCAUUUUAUUGAUAUUGAUAAUCGAUCGACCUAUGUUUUUUAGUCAAUAAACAUAUUAAAAUGGG